AUGCCAGUAACACGCCGCUCUCGCACCUCCAGCGGCCCCGCCGCGCGAGGCUCUCAGAAAACCCUCUCUUUCGGGCCUACGAAAUCCUCGAAACCCACCUCCAAGAAGACCAACAAACUCCCCGCCUCUCCCCUGUCCAAGAACGUCGACAUUAAAAACGAAGACCAAGAUGAAGAUAUAGCUGGAGAUGUAAGUGGCGAUAUAGAUGUAGGACACGUCACAUCCUCAGCAGCAAUUGCUUCACAAACAAACGCGGAAUCGCAGCGUGUGAAGAACAGAGGACCAAGCGCAGAGGAAGAAGAGGCGCGCAAGGUGAGCGAUGCGCAGGUACGUCGGUAUUGGAAGGAGAGGGAGGCGGAGCGGAGGGCGCCGAGGGUACAUCAGGGGGAGUUGGGGGUUGAGGAGAAGGUCUUGAGGUUGUGGGAUAUGAGUAGUCAGUAUGGUCCAGCUAUAGGAAUCGCACGUAUGAAGCGCUGGGUGCGGGCGAAUAAGUUGGGCUUGAAUCCGCCGAUUGAGGUUCUAGCUGUGUUGAUCAAGGAGGGGGAGAGGGGGAAUACGGGGGCUGAGAGGGCGUAUGUGGAUGAGUUGAUGAGUAGCAAGUUUGUGGUUGGGGAUGCGUGA